UACGUUCUUCACCAUAAGCAACCAUAAAAUGAGCUCCAUUGCAGACAGAGAUGAUGGUAGCAUUUUUGAUGGUCUUGUGGAAGAAGAUGACAAGGAUAAAGCAAAGAGAGUAUCAAGAAACAAGUCUGAAAAGAAACGCAGAGAUCAAUUUAAUGUUCUCAUCAAAGAGCUGGGAUCUAUGCUUCCGGGCAAUGCUCGGAAGAUGGACAAAUCCACUGUAUUGCAGAAGAGCAUUGACUUUUUACGGAAGCACAAAGAAAUUACAGCACAGUCAGAUGCCAGUGAAAUCCGACAAGACUGGAAACCCACAUUCCUUAGUAAUGAAGAAUUCACUCAGUUAAUGUUAGAGGCUCUUGAUGGUUUUUUUCUCGCAAUCAUGACAGAUGGAAGUAUAAUCUAUGUAUCAGAAAGUGUAACCCCUUUACUUGAACAUUUGCCAUCUGACCUUGUGGAUCAGAGUAUAUUUAAUUUUGUCCCAGAGGGAGAACAUUCGGAGGUUUAUAAAAUAUUAUCUACUCAUUUGUUAGAAAGUGAUUCGUUGACUCCAGAAUAUUUAAAAUCCAAAAAUCAGCUCGAAUUCUGUUGCCAUAUGCUCCGUGGGACAAUAGACCCCAAAGAGCCACCUACAUAUGAAUAUGUAAAAUUUAUAGGAAACUUCAAGUCUUUGAGCAACAUGCCUAACUCUACACAUAAUGGUUAUGAAGGAACCAUACAGCGGCCUCACAGGCCUUCUUAUGAAGAAAGAGUUUGUUUUGUAGCUACAGUUAGGUUAGCUACACCUCAGUUUAUCAAGGAAAUGAGCACUGUUGAAGAACCCAAUGAAGAGUUCACCUCUAGACAUAGCUUAGAAUGGAAGUUCCUUUUCUUGGAUCACAGGGCACCUCCAAUAAUAGGUUAUUUACCAUUUGAAGUGUUGGGAACAUCUGGCUAUGAUUAUUAUCAUGUGGAUGACUUAGAAAAUCUGGCAAAAUGUCAUGAACACUUAAUGCAAUAUGGAAAAGGGAAGUCGUGUUACUACAGAUUUCUUACAAAGGGGCAACAAUGGAUUUGGUUACAGACUCAUUACUAUAUCACUUACCAUCAGUGGAAUUCUAGACCAGAGUUCAUUGUAUGCACCCACACAGUAGUAAGUUACGCAGAAGUUCGAGCAGAAAGGCGGCGUGAACUUGGAAUUGAAGAGUCUCUUCCGGAAAUAGCAGCUGAUAAAAGUCAAGACUCAGGUUCUGACAAUCAUAUAAAUACAGUAAGCCUCAAAGAAGCAUUGGAGAGAUUUGAUCGUAGCCCCACACCUUCUGCUUCUUCCAGGAGUUCAAGGAAAUCCUCUCAUACUGCAGUUUCAGACCCUUCAUCUACACCAACAAAACUGACCAUGGAUACAAACACUCCUCCAAGACAAAGUUUGUCCACUCAUGAAAAGUCUACACAAAGAAGGGCGUCACUUGGUAAUCAGUCUUUAAGUUCACAAUCUGUUGGACAACCAUUAGCACAGCCAAUGAUGCCCCAGCCUACAGCUCUGCAGAUUCAGCAAGGCAUGUCUCAGCCUAUGCUUCAGUUUUCUGCUCAACUAGGAGCCAUGCAGCACUUAAAGGACCAACUGGAGCAAAGAACACGAAUGAUAGAGGCAAAUAUUCAUCGCCAGCAAGAAGAAUUGCGUAAGAUUCAGGAACAACUCCAAAUGGUCCAUGGUCAAGGCCUCCAGAUGUUUUUGCAGCAGUCAACUCCUGGAUUAAACUUUGGCUCGGUGCAGCUGACUUCUGGAAACCCAUCAAACAUUCAACAGAUUACACCAAUAAACAUGCAAGGUCAGGUUGUUCAAACAAAUCAGAUCCAAGGUGGUAUGAACACUGGUCAUAUUGGUACUCAACACAUGAUACAGCAGCAGCCCCUGCAAAGUACCACAGCACAGCAUAGUCAACAAAAUGUUCUGAGUGGGCACAGUCAGCAGACUUCUCUUGCUUCUCAAUCUCAGAACACACUGUCAGCCCCACUGUAUAACACUAUGGUGAUUUCUCAGCCAGCCGCAGGAAAUGUCGUCCAAAUUCCUUCUACGUUACCACAAAGCAACAAUCAGAAUGCUGCCGUUACCACAUUUACCCAGGAUAGACAAAUCAGAUUCUCCCAAGGCCAGCAGCUUGUAACGAAACUGGUCACUGCUCCUGUAGCCUGUGGAGCAGUCAUGGUACCAAGCACUAUGUUUAUGGGGCAGGUGGUGACGGCCUACCCUACUUUUGCUGCACAGCAGCAGCAACCGCAAACAUUAUCAAUCACACAGCAGCAGCAACAGCAGCAGCAGAGCCAGCAGGAGCAGCAGCAACAACAGCAGCUCACAACGGUUCAGCAGCCGACUCAGACUCAGCUGACCCAGCAUCCGCAGCAGUUCUUACAGACAUCCCGGUUGCUCCACGGAAACCAGUCGACUCAGCUUAUCCUCUCUGCUGCUUUCCCGCUACAACAAAGCACUUUUACCCCAUCGCACCACCAGCAGCACCAGUCCCAGCAGCAGCAGCAGCAACUUUCACGACACAGAACUGACAGCAUGACUGAGCCUUCCAAAGUUCAGCCCCAGUAGUGUGGAGGCUCUGCUGCUUCCAAAU